GGAAUAAAUGAAAUUACUAGGAAAUUAAUGCAAACCAGUUGCCCAAGUCUUGAUGGUCAGGCCAGCUACCAGUCAAUAUAAUCAUUCUACCCAUCAAUAUAAUUUUGUACGGGAUAAAUGAAAUUACUAAUUACUAGGAAAUUAGUAAUUUCUUAAAUGAUAUAUUUUCUAUAUUAAACUGUGAGCCUUCUAUAUAUAGAUGGCCGGGGUCUGUGUUUAGCUCAAACCCAAAUAGAAAAUCCAAAACCAUUAUCACCCAAACCUCACCCACCAAGUAUAACACAACUGCUUCUUUAUUUCAUUCAUCGAAAGGAAACCCACCCAACUGAAAUGAGUCAAGGGGAGAACGACUUUGAGAAGGAUCUUAAGCACCUUACAUCAACCAUCGCUGGAAAUAUCAGUGAAGGUGCCGAGAAAGCUGAAUACUUCUUCUCCUCAGCUUGCAUUUUCAGGGUGCCCGAAGAUCUUCGAAAGCUGAACGAAAGAGCCUACACCCCUCGCCUCAUCGCUAUUGGCCCUCUUCACCGAGAAGAUGAACACCUCCAAACACCCUUGCAACACGUCAAACCGAGCUACACGAAUUACCUACUCUCUCGGUUGACCGCAGGAAUGGAGGACCAGCUGGAAUUAGCAAAGCAGAAAAAGCUCACGGUUCUACAGGAAUGUUUAGCGGAAUUGAAGACAUCGAUAGACGAUGCAAAGAAAUGCUACGCAGCAGAAGUUACACUGGAUGAGGAAAUAAUGUUGGUCGAUAGUUGUUUCAUCCUCGAAUUUCUCUACAGAGCACGAUUACUCCACUUUACGAAAUGGGCCGAAGAAAAUGAAAACAUGCCUAAUGAUGGAGGAGACAAUAGCAACUCAAAGGUUUCUUGGUUGUUGGUUGACGCAAUCCAUGGACAAAACUGGGACCGGACCAAACUGGUGGAUUGGAACCGAACCGACCGUGAGACUUUUGGCCCGAACACGGAUUUCAUUUUCAAAAAAUUGUGACUCGCAGAUUAGAAUUAGAUUCAUAAGAAUCUGAUUCGAGCCGGACCAUGUGCAGCCCUAAUAUAUACUUCCUCGUAAAGUACAAUUAAGUGUAAUCUACCUGUGUAACGAAUAUUAUUUCUCGCCAAUUACUAGAAAAUGCGAUCAAAUGUGCUUUUUCUCACCCACAGAGUAAAGUUGGUGGGGAAUUAAUUUCGUCGUUAA